CUCCAGUUUAACAGAAAUGCUCCUGCAGGCCCGGAGAACUUAGCUCUCAGAUUCUCUCACCCCCAUCCAAUUACAAUAGAGAAACUGAAGGCAUCCAGUGACCAGAGGAAUGCAGCUGGAAGGGAGGAGCUCAGCCCGAGGAGCUCUGGCUUGUUCUCGGUGGUGUCUGAAGAGAGACUGAAGUUGGCUGUUCAGCUGGCCAAAAGGGACAUCAAACGCAGGCGUCUGUUAACAGAGCACGUGAAACAGCAAGUGUUGGGAGGUGUGGCAAAUGAACCCCUGUGGACCCAACAGUCACAGCAGCAGAAGACUGAAGUAUUUGCUAGUCCAGAAAAUCAAAUUGCAGUGAAGUCUCCAAGUGGCCUGACCUGUCAGCAGAGGCUUGGCCAGGCUGCCCGGGGGGACCCUGCCAAGGAGGGAAGGGCAGCACCAGCUGUCUUGGACUCUCCGCCCACCCGUGACACAAGGCCAAACCCCAAGCCAAAUCUGAGCAAAAAGGAAGAUAAAAAUGUGCAGGAAGUCCAGCAUCUGCAAAAGGAACUGAGGAUCUAUGUCCAGAAAAUUGAAGAACUGACUAAAAAAGGGAGAGAUAGAGAACUUUUAGAUCCUGAAGAUGAGAAACGACUUUGCACUAGGAGACAGCAACAAGCUGCACGGUCAGCUCGGAUGCUGUAUGUGCUCCAGCAACAGGUAAAAGAAAUUCAGGAUGAUUUAGAGAAACUGAGUCCUCAUACAAUCAAACAUACUAAAAAGUCUCGAGCAGUAUCCAGGUUGGCAGCAGCAUACAGAGGAGCUAUACGAACCUUGCGGGCGUUUGCCAGUCAGUUCACAGAUCAAACACAGGAGCAGAUUCCUGCCCACUACAAGGAACUGGGCAGUCUCAUUCGACAGCUGUCUCUCUGCUCUGCCAAACUAGAAGGGAAUUCUUCCAUUUCUGACAUCAUCAUAGAUAUUUUGCUGCAAGUUGAGGAUCUGGAUUCACUGCUGGAAAACAAGCAAACACCAAAAAAAGUGAAGAAGUGUAUUUCAGCAUCUCAGACCAAAUCUCCAAGAAACACUGAGACAUUUCCAGCCAGAAAGAAGCUUCUGUCUCCAAAAGGAGAAAACAAACCUCUCAUCUUAAAGGGACAGCAUGGACAAGACUCGAGAAAAUCUCCAUGUGCCAGGAGUCUCUUGACUGCCAUUCAAAAGGCAAACAGUUGUGCUCAUAUAUUGCACAAUAAAUUCCAAGAGGAAAAUGACCCACCUGCUCCAGAGAGAAAUGCCACUUUACAGGGAAGCACAGAUGCACUGGUGAGAGCUAGAGCUGUUAAAAAAGAGUCUGUCCUUGAAAGUGAUCCUUUGAAGAAGAGGGACAUGUUAUUGCCUGCAAAACCACAGGGAAUGCUGAAACCCCUGUGGUCCCAGCAGGCACACCCUCGAGGGCAGUGCGCCCGAUUUCGGGAGCCAACGAUAGCUUUCCAGCCAGAAGAGAACAGACCAGCUGUGAAGGAGAGCAGAAUGCCCCGCAUGCCUCCAAAGCCCCCACCUGCUUCACCCCAGUGUCUAACAAGGCUUGAAGCAGGAAGUUCAAGAGGAAUGAAGCUUCUAACUGACCUUAACAGAGGAGAAAUGAAAAAAAUACCAAAGUUAAGGUCACAAACUGUUUCUCCAGCCCAGUGUGCAGACAGAGCUGGGAAGGAGGUGCAGGAGUGGUCGGAACCUCCGUUAGACAGGACACAGGGAGUUGCAGCAAAUGCAGAUAUUCUGAGUGAAAAGCUAUUGGAUGAUCUGUUGGAAGACACUGCUCAGGAGCUGUGGAGCAUGGAGCAGCAUGAGAGAUGCCAGACUGAGGCCCUGCCUAUGACUGACACUCAUACCUUAGAGUCAAUGUUGCAAAGAAUGGAAGAAAUUGAAAGAUCCCAGGAGGCUGUCCGCAGGAGAGUCACCCAGGUGGUGUACACUGACUCCCAGUUCUGGGCCCAGGAAGACAAAAUGGAACAGCAAAUGGCAUCAACAGCUAAAGGAUUUAUAUCUCCUCAUCCAGUUCAGAUAACCAAGUUAAUCGGAGACACAGAGCUAGAAACAGACAUUUUAUUUGAAAAACCUUUUGAUGGCAAUUAUAUUGAUGUAAAUGAAGAAGCAGAGGAAAAAUUGCAGACCGGAAAUGACAUUCUGCAGCCCUUGCCUCUGAAUUCUCUACAGAAAGCAUGCUCUGAGUCUCUCUCUGUGCCAAGCCGUAUGCUCCAGAGCAUCUUGGAUUAUAACAGAAGAUACAACCAUCAUUUAAGGCUUAUUUCCCAUGAGGUGGUGGGCAGGUUUGAUCCAUGGCAGAUUGCUGAAAG